AUGUCCCAAUUUAACAAUCAGGAUGUCUACAACCCUCUAGAUCGAUACAGAGAGUUCCUCGACAGUCAUAUCAGAACGAUCCAGAAUCGGCGAAUUACCUCAGAAGACCAAUCGGCCGAGUCCCGAGGAGCAUCAUCCGUCUCUCCCUCCGUCGACAUGAGCCCUGUGGCAAGUUUCGAUCCAAACGAUAUCGAAGAGAACGUGAUUGAACACUGGGUGGAUGUCGAAAAUGCCAAUACUCCCUCGACCGUGAUUCUGGAGGAUGAGGAUCUUGUCGGAGAUGACGAGAACAGGCCCCCUACCUAUGAUUUUGGUCCGGCAAGUAAUUCUGCAGCUCACCCCACGAUGCUGGGGUUUAUGUUCUCGGAACGACAGACCGGGAUCCCCGGAGAAAGUGUCGUAAUCCUCUGCACCAACUCGUCCCCUCAAGGCGCGUCUUACGCCAGGUGGAUGCUUGACCAAGUGGAUAGCGGGGGUCGUGAUAGGCUAUGGAAUAGGAUCAGUAUGGAUGACGCCAUCACGCUUUAUCUGGGUGAUCUGGAUGAGGACAGGAGAGAUGCUAUAUCGGGCUGGAUGUUGAUAGGGCUUGAUCAGUUCUGGAGGACGGGGCAGUCCAUGUUUACUUUUGGACUUAGAGGCGCCUCGGUGGACGAAGAUGCUGCCCAGAACCGAGAGAGAUGA